CACUUUAUGGCACUCGAAAACUUAAACCACCAAAACCAGCCGCUCAAUUUGUUCUCUCGUGGCCCAACUCCUGGGCUCCACGUUCUUCUCCUCCCGCCCUCUACUCCCUCUCCGCCUCCGGCCUCACAGCGUUUCUCCUUUCACCCUAGCUCAGCCUCCAUCCUUUACAAUCCAUCUCAACGUUCUUCUUCCUCCUCCUCCUCCUCUAUUGAAGCUCAUCAAUUCGAUCUUCGUUAAACCUCUAAUCUCCAAUUUUAGUUCUUCAAUGCAUUUGACAAGAUUUAAAAUCAAUAAGACAAUUCCUGUAUUGUUUCCCUUCUCUCGUCGGCUGGCCUGUGUGUCUUCCACCCAACCGCAUAAAGAACACCAUCAGGAUCCGCCAUGGCAGUCCCAGGAUCAGUUGCAUCUUUGGGUAUCUUCUGUUCUUUCUAAUUCAUCUCUCGACUCUUCUAAAUGUAGUGCUCUCUUGCCCCAUUUGUCUCCUUUUCAAUUUGAUCAGCUCUUCUUCUCCAUUGGAUUGAAAGCCAACCCCAUGACAUGUCUUAAUUUCUUUUACUUUGCGUCUGAUUCUUUCAAGUUUCGAUUUACCAUUCAUUCUUAUUGUAUAUUGAUUCUUUUGCUUGUUCAUUCUAAGUUUUUACCCCCCGCAAGACUGCUUCUGAUUCGUUUGAUAGACGGGAAUCUCCCGGUGUUGAAUUCGGAUUUCAAAAAGUUUCACAUUGAGAUAGCUAAUGCAUUGUUUGGUUUAACUUCAGUUGUUGGGCGGUUUGAAUGGACACAGGCAUUUGAUUUAUUGAUACAUGUAUACAGCACACAAUUCAGAAAUCUUGGCUUUGGUUGUGCUAUUGAUGUGUUUUAUUUGCUUGCUCGUAAGGGAACCUUUCCAUCUUUGAAGACUUGUAAUUUUUUAUUGAGCUCGUUGGUAAAGGCUAAUGAAUUUGAGAAAUGUUGUGAAGUAUUUCAAGUGAUGUCCGAAGGUGUUUGUCCAGAUGUUUUCUCAUUUACAAAUGUGAUAAAUGCUUUGUGCAAGGGAGGGAAGAUGGAAAAAGCCACUGAGUUAUUCAUGAAAAUGGAGAAGUUGGGUAUUUCUCCCAAUGUUGUUACUUAUAAUUGUAUUAUCAAUGGUUUAUGCCAGAAUGGGAGAUUAGACCAUGCCUUUGAGCUCAAAGAGAAGAUGACAAUUGAAGGGGUUCAGCCAAAUCUUAAAACUUAUGGUGCGCUUGUUAAUGGUUUGAUAAAACUAAAAUGUUUUGACAAAGUGAAUCAUAUUUUAGAUGAGAUGAUUGGUGCGGGUUUUUAUCCAAAUGUAGUUGUCUUCAAUAACUUAAUUGAUGGAUACUGCAAAAUGGGAAAUAUCAAAGAAGCACUUAGGAUUAAAGAUGUUAUGAUAUCCAAAAAUAUAACUCCUACUUCAGUUACUUUAUAUACUCUCUUGCAAGGAUUUUGCAAGAGUGAUCAAAUCGAGCAAGCAGAGAAUGCUCUUGAGGAGAUAUUAUCAAAUGGGCUAUCUAUACACCCUGAUAAAUGUUAUUCGGUUGUCCACUGGCUAUGUAAGAAGUUUAGGUACCAUUCUGCAUUCCGAUUUACUAAGAUGAUGUUAUCUAGGAAUUUCAGGCCUAGUGAUCCACUCUUAACCAUAUUGGUAUGUGGGUUAUGCAAGGAUGGUAAACAUUUAGAAGCAACUGAACUUUGGUUUAGGUUAUUGGAGAAAGGGUCUCCAGCAAGUAAGGUGACCUCCAACGCUCUAAUACAUGGACUUUGUGAGGCUGGUAAUUUGCCAGAGGCUUCUAGAAUAGUCAAAGAGAUGUUAGAGAGGGGUCUUCCAUUGGAUCGGAUCACAUACAAUGCACUCAUCUUAGGUUUUUGCAAAGAGGGAAAAGUUGAAGGAUGCUUUAGACUUAAAGAAGAGAUGACUAAACGAGGAAUUCAGCCAGAUAUCUAUACUUAUAAUUUUCUAUUGCGUGGACUAUGCAAUGCAGGAAAAUUGGACGAUGCUAUUAAGCUUUGGGAUGAAUUCAAAGCUAGUGGGCCGAUUUCUAAUGUUCACACUUAUGGGGUAAUGAUGGACGGUUAUUGUAAAGCUAACAGAAUCGAAGAUGUUGAAAAUCUAUUUAAUGAGUUGCUCUCUAAGAAAAUGGAGCUGAAUUCCAUUGUCUACAAUAUAAUUAUCAGAGCUCAUUGCCAGAAUGGAAAUGUAGCUGCUGCUUUGCAACUUCGUGAAAAUAUGAAAAGCAAGGGAAUUUUACCAAAUUGUGCCACAUAUUCUUCUCUAAUACAUGGCAUGUGCGACAUUGGUCUUGUUGAAGAUGCAAAGCAUCUUAUUGAUGAAAUGAGAAAGGAAGGAUUUGUGCCGAAUGUUGUUUGCUAUACUGCAUUAAUUGGCGGUUAUUGUAAGCUGGGGCAAAUGGAUACUGCUGAAUCUACUUGGCUUGAGAUGAUCUCUUUUAACAUACAUCCUAACAAAUUUACCUACACUGUCAUGAUCGAUGGCUACGGUAAAUUAGGGAAUAUGGAAAAAGCAUAUAACCUUCUGACAAAAAUGAAAGAAAGUGGAAUCGUCCCAGAUGUUGUUACUUACAAUGUCUUGACUAAUGGAUUUUGUAAGGCAAAUGACAUGGACAAUGCUUUUAAAGUAUGUGAUCAAAUGGCCACUGAGGGAUUAUCUGUAGAUGAAAUUACUUACACUACUCUCGUACACGGUUGGAAUCGACCUACUAUCACUGGCCAAGACUGAUCUAAUUUUUACAGAGCGAUCAGAUCCGUUAAUACUGUUUCUUUAUGCAUUGAGGCAAUUCUCCUUCUCUUGUUCAAGACUUCAAAUGAAAGAGCCAAAAAGGAAGGCCGUCCUUAGUCUCUGGAGAUCAGGGAAGCAGAAGUACUUAGCUCCUAGGGAUAUAACAUGAUGAGAAUUUGAACGUAGGAUGUUCUAUCAAAGAUCCUCAGAGAAAAAAGAUGGCAAUUGAUUUGAUAAUUAUAGAAUGACAUUGGUUCUCGGACUCAAAGUCAAGGAUGAAAGCUGACAAACAUAUUAGUGUUGAUGCAGAUUUUGCGGGCUUGGAUCUCCAUGUAGCCGUUCGCAGGGUGCAAUGUCGUAUUUGAGAGUUGUUCACUGGCAUAUUGGAAUUGGAGCACAGAAAGCACUUUCACUUUCAUGGAUGUUUAAUUAUUGAGCAAGGGAAUGGCGAACUUUGAAUAUGUAUAUUAACUCUUUGAGUUUAGAAAUCAAUUUCAGCCACAUGGAAUUCGACUUGUCUCAGAGCAAUACGGUUCUUGUUUGUAUACAUCGUCAGCAAGCUUAAUCAAUAAGGUAAUGUGGAUGGAGCAACAGGCCAAUGUUAAACACCCUUUUAGAUGUUUUCAUCGUUAAACCAGUUGACCUGGGUGUUAACUGUAGCUCCACCGCCAUCAGGAAUGCCGUCGAGGACCUUCUCAUGGCCUUUAGGGUAAUAAAUUCCAGUUCGCCCAUCAAGCACCCAAGGAGUUGCUUCACCCCCUACAUGGCUCUGAUUGCUCUUCAGUUCCUUGCUUUCUGUUUCAACUCUCUCCCUCAUCAUAUCGGGAGAAGAGCUUUUCCUGUGGAAGCCCUUUCGCCCAAUCGGUCUGCCAAAGAAUGUAACCGAAUCAGAAUCAGAAAAAAAAAAAGGAAUCAUAAACGGAAGAAAAGAAUUAGUUGAUGGCUGAGUUGAAGAAGGCUCUUACUUGAAGAACAUGGAGUUCAUUGUGUGAGCCCCUCUUACAAAUGCUGUGGCCAUACCUUCUUCCAAUAAGGUAAGUGGAUUGUGCUGAACAAUGGGAUUUGCUUGAUUUUUAUUUAUAGGUGAAAAAAGAGGCUAUCCAUUUCAUCCAUCCCAAUGAAGAUUCUGAAGAAUGGGAUUCUUUUGUCCUUUUACUCCUUGAUACUGCCCCCCAUUCCUUGGAGAUGGUUUGGGAGAAUGAACCUUCGAAAUUCCUCUUCCCAUACUUCAUAAUGUACACGAACCUAAUGGGUUGGCUUUCCCUGGGGAGCAGUAUGGGCUUAGGCUUAGUGGGCUUAUUGGGCUUUCCAGAUGAACUAAAGUAUAUAUUUGGGCCUAGUGGUUAUUUGGCCCAUUAAUGAAACCAUGUAUUCUCGUUGUCAGGAUUAUUAAUACUGAAGUGGUGAAUUGAUGAGUUUGAAACUACGUUAAUGAUACAAGAAAUGACAUUUUCCCCUC